GCUGGCGGUCACUGCUGGGAGUGGGGGAUUUUACUGCUGCUGCACCACCGACGGCGCCUCCUUCCCUCCUUCCUUCAGCCGGCCAAUCCAUGGCGGAGGAUACUGAGGGGAUCGAUGUUGAAUCGGGGGCUACGGAAGAGGUUCCCGCGGCCGGAGGUGGCGAGGAGACAAAGCGGAAGAGAGGGAGGCCCAAAGGUAGCUUCAAGACGAAGAAGAAGAAUACGCCCAAGCCGAAACUGCGGACCAAAGGGCGCCGCUGCACCGGCGACCGGGCUCUGGCGUCGCGGGCGAUAAGCCCCGGGGAUCUAGGCCGCGGGGUGGCGGCGGGUCCUCGGGUGCUCAGGGAGAGAAGGCCGUCGGCCAACGCAUUCUACGAGCGCGACAGCGAUACCGAGCAGGAUGAUGAGGAAACGGCAGUCAUCCACGAGAGGCCUAAAAGCAAUGAUUCUGGGAAGAAGAGAGGAAGACCAAGAAAGACGAAAGUGGGCGAACUGGACAGUAUGGCCCAGUUCUCAAAUGGCAAAAGCAACGGUGAAAUGAAUGGGCAGAGUGAUGCUGAGGCAGCAAGGGGCAAGGAGUCAAAGACUGGCGAGUUUUCGCAGAUCGCAAAGAGGCGGAAAAGAAGAGAUGUGGGGAAAGAGUCUGAGUUGAAAAACAUGGAUAGAGAGGAAAAGAAGCUCCCAUCUGCCAAGGAUAAAAAAUACGAUGCAAAUGUUAUGGUAGGGAGGACGAUUUUGAUGGGGGAAAAUGCCCUCAUGUGCCACCAAUGUCAGAGGAAAGACAAAGGAAGGGUGGUCUGGUGUCAGUCAUGCAAGAAAAAGAGAUUCUGUGUGCCAUGCAUAGAACUAUGGUAUCCUAAUUUGCCAGAAGAUGAAUUUGCUGCGAAAUGCCCAUAUUGUCGCAAGAACUGUAAUUGCAAGGCAUGCCUACGGAUGAGAGGAGUUGAAGAGCCUCCGAAAAAGGAGAUUUCUCAAGAAAAUCAAAUUCGUUAUGCAUGCCAUAUUGUAAGCUUGCUGCUUCCUUGGAUGAGAGAAAUGCAACAGGAGCAGAUGGAGGAGAAGGAAGUAGAGGCCCAAAUACAAGGAGUUUCAGUAAAUGGAAUCAAGGUGGAACAAGCUGAGUGCGACUUAGAUGACCGUGUCUAUUGCAAUAGGUGUAGAACUUCUAUAGUCAAUUUUCAUAGAAGUUGCAAACAUUGUUUCUAUGAUCUUUGCCUUAACUGCUGCAAGGAGCUUCGCAAAGGUGAGAUCCCAGGAGGAGAAGAGGUGGAGAUUCUGGAGUAUGAAAAUAGAGGUAGGAGUUAUGCUUUUGGCCUUCAGUCAAAGGAUGCUAAUAAAAGUCUCUCUUCGAGGAGGCAUAAGAACUCCUCGAAUGGCGAGCCUCACAAUGACAUGGCUGCUGUUGAGAAGUUCAAUAACCAUCUGCACCUGUGGAAAGCAAAGAUUAAUGGUAGCAUACCUUGUCCACCAAAGGAAAUAGGAGGAUGUGGUGGUACACUAAUGGACCUCAAGUGUUUGUUUCCAGAGAAGAUACUUGCUGAGCUAGACGAUAGAGCUGACAAAGUUCUCAGAAGUGAAAUGUUUGCUAAAGCAAUUGUCAGAAGUGGUCGGUGCCCUUGCUUUGAUCAUUCAGGCAAGAUAAGAACUGACUGCAAAUCAGUACGAGAGGCUGCUAACAGGAAGGACUCAAGUGAUAACUUCCUUUAUUGUCCGGUUGCUACUGAUAUCCAUGAUGAUGAUCUAGUGCACUUUCAGAUGCAUUGGGCAAAGGGUGAGCCAGUUGUAUCUGAUGUCCUUCAGUUAACUUCUGGUCUGAGUUGGGAACCAAUGGUAAUGUGGCGGGCAUUGCGGGAAAGAACCAAAGGCAAAGCAGAAGAUGAGCAAUUCGCUGUAGUCGCAUUAGAUUGCCUUGAUUGGUGUGAGGUGGAAAUUAAUAUACAUAUGUUCUUUUCGGGAUAUACAUCUGGCAGAGCUCAUACUAGGACUCACUGGCCUGAGAUGCUUAAGCUAAAAGACUGGCCUCCUUCUAGUUCCUUUGACCAGCGAUUGCCUCGUCAUGGUGCUGAAUUUAUUAGCGCAUUACCGUUUCCUGAGUAUACUGAUCCACGAUAUGGCCCGCUAAAUCUCGCAGUUAAGCUUCCUACUGGUGUCUUGAAGCCAGAUCUUGGACCCAAAAGUUACAUUGCUUAUGGGUUCCACAAAGAGCUAGGCAGGGGUGAUUCUGUGACCAAGCUUCACUGUGACAUUUCUGAUGCGGUAAAUAUCUUAACACACACAGCUGAAGUGACUUGUCAGACUAGUCUUUGCCAAAUUGAAAAAAUCCAACAAGACAUGCGGGCGCAAGAUCUUCAGGAAUUAUAUGGGGGUCUAGAAUCCAGCACUGAUCUCAGGUUAUCACAAUCUCCAAUUGAAAAGAGGGAUAAAUCUGUUGAUGAAGAAUCAAAUACCUCAUAUAGUAGGGAAGACAAUCAUGCCAAUAAAUCCAGUUUUAAUGGUUUGGACAUCAAUGCUUUACCACCUGAUGAUUCUGAAAGCGAUACAAAGGAUAAAGAGUCGUCUCAUGAAUCUGUUUCACGAAGUGAACUAGGGCAGUGCCCAGCUCCAAGUAAUGAGAUCAAUGCAUCUCAUAAGAUGCAUAAUGGAUCUCAUUGCAUUUCAGAUGGUAUUGACAUGGGACAGCAUGGAAAGAGAUCUAGAGGUGGAACUCUCAAGGAAGUUGGCACCAAAUCUCAAGAAGAGAAACCUAAAAAGGUUGAUUGCAAUGGCACUGAUGCAAAACAAAAUUCCAAAGACAUUCAGGAAAAGCCUGCUGCGGGGGAAGGCCCAGAGCAGCAGAACACGGGCGGUGCUUUAUGGGAUAUCUUUCGUAGAGAGGAUUCCGAGAAAUUACAAGAUUAUCUUAGGAAACAUUCCUCUGAAUUCCGGCAUAUUCACUGCAAUCCAGUGAAGCAGGUUAUUCACCCGAUACACGACCAGAGUUUCUACUUAACUGCAGAGCAUAAGAGAAAGCUCAAGGAAGAAUAUGGUAUUGAACCCUGGACAUUUGAGCAGAAGCUUGGCGAAGCAGUUUUCAUUCCCGCUGGAUGUCCUCAUCAAGUGAGAAAUUUGAAGUCUUGCAUCAAAGUUGCGCUGGACUUUGUUUCCCCUGAAAAUGUUGGCGAGUGUAUCAAGUUGACUGGGGAGUUUAGACGACUUCCUUCUUCCCACAGAGCUAAUGAAGAUAAACUAGAGAUCAAGAAGAUGGCUCUUCAUGCUCUGAACGAAGUAGUAAAUUUUUUGGAUUCUUGUUCCUCAGAAGGGUUGGAGAGCUGGGCUGGUGAGCCCAGCAAUGUAGCUAAAUCAUCUGUAGAGGAGAAGCCGCCUCCACCGAAAGGGCAGGGCAGUUGCCGAAGAGGUGUAGUGCCGCAAGGAGACGAUCCACAGAGUGAAGAAGACAGCGGCAAGCGGAGUGAAGAAGUUGCUGUCGAGAAUAAUAAACUUAAGAGGCGCGGUCGCCCAGCAAGCUCCCGCAAGCGUGGACAUUGAUUCCUUAUGUUUGGACUGGGGAUGACGAUGAUGCAUUUUGGAAGGUGCAGAGAUUGUUGGCAGAGUAGUGAUGAGGUCAUGCAUCAGUCACCGCAGACCCCCAUUAGGGGUGCCUGGGUUUUGUUCGGCCGGCUGAUUAGUCACCGCAGGCGCCAUUAUGGUGUCUGAAUUUUGUUGAAGUAUGGUGAUGGCCGGUUGACACCGAUAGAUGGAGAAUCCAUGGUUAAGUAGACUGACCAUCUCCUGUAGAUGUAGCAAGCAGCUGGCGGUAGCAGCGCACUUGUACUGGACUGGAGUAUGAUGCUGAUCAGCUGAUAUUUUGGCAAUUGAUUGAUGGACUUGAGUAUUA